AUGUCUCGACAAUAUCCGGGACGUCUACGACGACUCUUGUUGAUGUCUGCCCGCAAGAACCUCAUUUCCAACAGCGACGCGAACCCGACUGGUCCACCUCCCAUCUAUCAUAUGUCGUCAAAGAUUCCAUCGGCACCUCUUCCGCCUCUUCUGCCUCUUCCUCCGUCGCCCUCUCCCCUCCUCUGUCCGCGUCGUACAUUCCUCGCGUGUCUCCGCGCGUCGAAGCUCAUGCAAGAUCGUUCAUAUUCGGGCAAAGCUGGCCGGUCUCUCGGCCGCUGUGAGCGUGCCCUCGGCGAAGCAUUGGAAUGGCGGCUGUGGGUCGGCAAGGGACCAUCUGCGCCGAGUACAAUGUCUUCACUGAGCAAUUGCGCGCUGCCACAGCGAACUCAUUACCCGGUCGCCGUGUUCCUGACCGACCCCCACGACUUGGUGCCGCUGUACCCGGCCCACGCUGCUGCGGUGCAGACCUGUUCCCGGAGCCUAUCAAAUCUCCGGCGCACCGCGACAAUGCCGAACAUGGAGGCCAACGCUGGCGAUGGCUUCCCAUGCGCGAACACGACCACAGUAUCCUAUGAGCACUCCGCGGCGACAGCUAUGGAGGCGACGCUUAUUGCGGAACCCAACAUGGACGACUUCGACUUUGCAGGAGCUCCUGUGCCGUCCAUGCUUGUUGCACCUACGCUGCAAGUGUCCUUGUAUGCGGACGACGUAUCAUCACCGUCACUCUCGACACCCGGCCUUGUGUAUUCGCCCAUGUCGACAUCAUCAACGACAUCCUCGGACGAUGGAGAUCGUACCGCGCAUCUCGGGUUCCAGCACAUACCCUCGAGCCUCGGCUACUCCGAAAUUUCUGCUGACGUUCCUGGCGGAAAGCCAUUCGUCAUGGACUACUCGCUUUGGGCGGUGAGUGAAACUAUUUUUGCGAGGAACAAGCUCCCUUCGCUCGAGCCGUAUAUCGUCGACCAGCCUGUGUGGCUCCCGCCGUCCAAUUUGUCACCUUAUUUAUUGCUACGGGGCAUAUCUUGUAAGGUACAAUUAAGCAGAUAG